GAGAAUCCACAUUACCGAGCAGAAUUUUAAGCCGAGUCUCGUACCGAACCUCGAGCCGAAUGUUUAGUCAACCCUCUAAUCAAGCUCCGUCACAAUACAAAAGAGAGUUAAAAUUUUUAAAACGUGCGUUUAAAACAAACAUCGGCUCGAAGUUCAGUUUCGCAGCUCAGUUGUUCUUGUACUUUUUUCAAUUUUAGCUUUUUGUUUUCCAAGGAUGCGGCAUAAAUAAUGUCAUCUUUUUUUUUUUACAUAUAACACUAUAGUUCAUUAUUAAUUUCUUACCAAGCAUCGUUUCUUUUUAAUUUAUUGUAAUGCUGGGGAUUUUUAGCACCCGAUAGUAAUAGUCUCUUAUUUUCAUAAGCACACUCAUAAUUAAUUGCAAAUUCUUUUUAUCACAGAUUAUUCUCCCUCUUGUUAUUACUAAUUAAAAACUAAUCGCAUAGAUUAAUUUGUGCAUAUGAAUGCACAUGGAUUGAAACGAAUCCUGCGAUUGAUGGACAACUGUCCAUAUGUUUCAUACGUUAUCCGUCAUUUGCCACCGUUGUAACUCGAGGCUCGGUUAUCAUCCCAUAAAGCGAAUAACUUAAUCAUACAAAAAAAUUCUUUGAUGCGAUGACAAAAUACCAACUAGUGAAAGCGAGCUGCGAAUUGAAUUGCAUGUCAUCAAAAUGCUUGCGACCCCCAUGGAACGAACAUGCGAUUGUUCACGUGAUAGUUCCCGCCAAUGUCCGACUCGAAAUUCGAUUCAACAAUGUGGACACGUGAUCGCCUCGCGACAAUAUUCGAUUCGAGGUUCGGCUCGAUAAUGUGGACCCUGCUUUAUAUAUAUUAUUAAUUGUCACCUGAUCGCGUUGACGCCCAGACAGUCAUCAGCGGAGUCUCGAAGGUGAAUCGUAGUGGCAACGCACGAUUCAAGACGGAUUUUACCACAAUUAUUAUGACGGAAUCUAAGAAAACAUCCCAGGUUUCGCUCGGACUUGGCGGCACUUCGGUGGAACAUUCAGAUGAGCCGAAGCGAGGUAGUUGGUCCAACCAGAUCGAAUUUGUUCUAUCCUGCAUCGGAUACGCCGUUGGCAUCGGCAAUGUUUGGCGUUUCCCUCUCUUCAUAUAUCGCAAUGGUGGUGGCGUCUUUUUGAUACCUUUCAUUCUCAUGCUGUUUACAAUGGGUCUGCCUAUAUUCUUUCUGGAACUUUGUAUGGGUCAGUACACUGGACUAGGACCCAUAAAGGCUUUCAGCCGCAUGGCACCAGCAUUUCAUGGUCUAGGUUAUUGCACGUUGGUUGUCAUUUUCCUAGUGUUGAUAUACUAUAUGAUAAUCGUCGCUUGGAUUUUAUUCUAUACUUUUGCUUCUUUCUCUCCAAAACUCGCCUGGGCGCACUGCGAUAACGAUUUUAACACUAAGGAUUGUUAUAGCGGCCUUGAAGAUAUAACAUGCCAGCAGAGCACCAACUCGAACUCUAUAUUUUACAACAAUAACUGCGUGGCCAUCCACGCGGUCUGCUCGAAUUUUGGUUACUUCAACGGCGGCAAUACCACUCACUGUUUCAACAACAGCGGAGCAAAAGCCUUCAGCGAUAUCUACAAGCGGGUACUAUCGUCCGAAGAAUAUUUCAGAGACUACGUUCUUGGUUAUCGCGGUGCCACAUGGGAGAACUUUGGUGGUAUACGAUGGGAAUUGUUUGGAUGUCUCACUUUAGCUUGGACAGUGUGCUUCCUGUGUCUAGUACGCGGCAUUCAGAGCAUCGGCAAGGUUGUCUACUUCACUGCCCUUUUUCCUUAUGUUAUCCUCACAGCUCUGCUAAUACGAGGUGUUACGUUAGACGGCGCCGAUGAAGGCGUUCUGUGGUACAUCAUGCCCAACUUUUCGAUGCUGAAAGACGCCAAAAUGUGGGCGGAUGCCGCCUCUCAAGUCUUUUAUUCGCUCGGUAUCGGCUGCGGAUCUUUGGUCACCCUCGCGAGCUACAGCAACUUCAACAACAAUUGUCACAGGGAUGCUAUUUUUGUUACCUUUACGAAUCUACUCACUUCCGUUUUCGCUGGCUUCGUAAUAUUCUCGGUACUCGGAUUCUUGGCCCGGGUGAUGCACAUGCCGAUCGACAAGGUGGUUCAGGACGCGGAGGGAUUGGCUUUUAUCGCUUACCCAGAGGCAGUGGUACAGAUGAGGUAUCCGAAUCUCUGGGCCAUUCUAUUCUUCUUCAUGCUCUUCAUACUCGGCCUCGGUAGCCAGUUUGCAGGCGUACAAGCGAUAAACACUGCCAUACUGGACAGGCGUCCAGAUUUGCGAAAAUAUGAAAGUCUUGUGAUAUUGGGAAUAUGCGUUGCCUGCUGGCUUCUAGCGAUUCCGAUGGUGUUCGACGGCGGUAUCUACUUGUUCAAACUGAUGGACUGGCAUACCGCUUCGUGGGCGAUCCUAUUGAUCGGCUUCGCCGAAAUCGUUGUACCCUCCUGGUUCUACGGAUGCAACAAAUUCCUGAGUAACCUCGCUGAAAUGAAAAUGAGAUUUAAUCACUUUAUCCACGGCUAUUGGUGGUUAUGCUGGGUAGUCCUCGCACCUCUCACUUGCCUAGGGGUCUUUGGAUAUCAGCUACAUCAAACCGACUUCCGGGGAAGUUAUGGCUCGUAUGAAUUUCCCGGCUGGACGAGCGUAAUUGGAAUUGGGAUCGGAUUGGCAACGUUGAUGCCAUUGCCAGUCUUCUUCCUUGUGCAAUCCUGGAAAACCGAGAGUUUCUGGGCCUUAUUUCGACCCUCACCGUUAUGGAAAGCGGCCGAGAAGAAUAAUACAUCGGAUAAUGACAGCGUCAGCACUGCGGUGAUCAAACCGGCAUAUGUUUCCUCAGAUUUCUCAGUUUUCUCAAGACUUAAAUUCUUCUAUAUACACAUGGUAGAGAAAGAGACUCGAAUAAAUUCUGAAAUAUAGAUCAUUUCCUAAUGUAAGCGGGAAUAAUUUCAAAUGCGAAUUUAACGUGCGAAAAAAAUUAACGAAACUGAUUUAAAUAUUUUAUGUUGCUGUAUAAAUUAUGCUCGUUUAUUUUUGUAACGCAUAUUUAAAUUGACCAUCUUGGGCUAAAACCCUCUCUGUUUCUUUAUUUUAAUCAUAAAACAUCUAUAUUGAAAAAUCAUUAAUAUAUUGAAAUUAUUCAAAAAUUAUAUUAAUCUGAAAACAAUUUGCUUGUAUUGAAUUUCUUCUUUAAAAUUAUGCAUGUUAAAUAUCACGCUAUAUAUCUAGUUUUUGAAGCUUUUACGGCUCUUUUCUUUAGUACAAUUUGGAAUAGAUAGACGUACAAAUGAAAUUUAGUAUUCAUUACGAUUCACGUAAUGACAACUAAAGAGAAUAUUUGCAUUAAUAAGUAAGAUGAGGGAAUGAAGAUGUCGGGAGAGAAAAUAACUUAUUCCGUUCUAGGAAUAUAUUUACCUAAGAACAAAAAUGUU